GCAGCACAUUGGGCGCUUUAGUUUCGCAUGAGUUUUAGACCAUUCCAUUGGUUGUUGAGGUAAAUAUCCACCCACCUGGGGCACCUGGCUAUGCAAAACCAGCAGGCCCACUGCUUCAGCUCUCUGUGACAACAGGGGACAACAAUUAACAGAUCUGUGAAACCACACUAAAAUAGUAGAGAUGGAACAAGGGACAGGAGGGACUCUGAAGAUUCUGUUCCUGUUGACACUCUGUCAGCAAGACUUCACUGGUCAAUGCCAAGUUUCAGGGCAGCCUUCUGACCUGAGGAUAGUUCUGGUGGGGAAGACUGGAUCAGGGAAGAGUGCAACAGGAAACACCAUCCUGGGGAGAGAGGUGUUUAAAGUGGAGUCUUCUCCAGUGUCUGUGACUGCUCAGAGUGAGAAACAGAGUGGAGUGGUGGAUGGGAGGAAAAUUGAUGUCAUCGACACCCCGGGGCUCUAUGACACAACAAUGUCUAAAGAAGAGAUGAAAAGUAAAAUAGAAAAGGCCAUCUAUAUGUCAGUCCCAGGACCCCACGCCUUCCUGCUGGUGAUCAGACUGGGGAGGUUCACAGAGGAAGAGAGGAACACUGUGAAGUGGAUCCAGGAGAACUUUGGAGAAGAAGCCUCAAUGUACACCAUCUUGCUGUUCACACAUGAAGAUCAACUGAAGGGAAAAUCAGUGGAGGGGUUUCUGGCUGAUAGCAAAGAUCUACAGAAACUCAUCAAUAUGUGUGGGGGCAGAUAUCACUCCCUAAACAAUGACAAGAGAAAAGACACUCAGGUCCCAGAGCUACUGAAGAAGAUAGAGGAGAUGGUGUCGAGGAAUGGAGGAAAACACUACACCAAUGAGAUGUACCAGGAGGUCCAGAGGAAGAUCGAAGAGGAGGAGAGGAAGAGAGAGGAGAGGAAGAAAAAAGAGGAAGAAAUUAAGAAACAAGAGGAGGCGAUCAGGGAAGAGGAGGUGAGGAGAGAGGAGGAAAUGAAGAGAGAGGAGGAGUUGAGGAAGAUAGAAGAGGAGAGACAGGAGGAGAGAAGGAAGAUGGAAGAGGAGAGAGAGGAGGAGAGGAGGAAGACGGAAGAGGAGAGACAGGAGGAGAGGAGGAAGACGGAAGAGGAGGCGAGAGAGAGAGAGAGGAGACAGGAGGAGGAGGAAGAAAGAAGAAGAAGAGAAGAAAAAUUGAAUGACUGCAAGUGGUCAGCGCUUUUCAGUUCAGCUGCAUUGGGGUUGGGAGCCAUGUACAGCUCUCCAUGGUCGUUAGCAGCAGGGUUUACAUUAGCCGCUGUUAAAGGUUAUGAAUGCAUGGACACCUAUUUCAAAUCAGGUAGUUCCAACUCAGAAGACCAGAAGAAGUAAGAUUUCCACAUCCACCAUCUCAGAUUGUUUUGAAAUUAAGAUUAAUUAUUGUGUUAUAUAAUCUAAAUAGAAUUUGAUCUCUGAGAAAUUAAGCAAAUUUAUUGCGCCCAAAUUGUACAUUUUAAUUGAUAGGAUUCAUAUACUAUUCAAUACAUAUAGUACCCAACAUCUGAUCUGGAUCAACAUUUUCCCCAACAAUGAUUUAGAACAAAGAAUGGUCAAAAGCCUCAGAUCAGAUGUUGGCUAUUAUUUCACACUAAUGUCUUGUUAUCUGGAGGGCGGCCAUUUGCAUCUCCCCAAUGGUCCAAAUGUGGAAUCCGUAACCAUGCUGAUAUCAUGGACAGUAAAGGUUUGAGAACAUUUCAAGAUUUGGAAGAUACAUACACAUUACCAUAUACCUACACAUUAUCAGAUACCUACACAUUACCAGAUACCUACACAUUACCAGAUACAUACACAUUACCAGUUACAUACACACUACCAGAUACAUACACAUUACCAGAUACAUACACAUUACCAGUUACAUACACACUACCAGAUACAUA